GGAACGGAGCCGACAAAAUGCUUAAGUCUUUCGCUUUCCUGCUGCUGCUGUGCGGCACUGCCUUGGCAGCCGACAGCUACGAUGGUUACAAGAUCUACGACAUCAAUACGCGCACCGUGUUCGAGAAGGAGCUGCUGCUGCGCCUGUCCCGAAAUGCGGACUUGGAUUUCUUCGACUUGCCACGCUCUCUGGAGGCUGCCAGCCGCGUGAUGGUGCAGCCAAAGGACCAGGUCGGCUUCGAGCAGCUGCUGCAGAAGUUCGGCGUUGAGUACUCAGUGGUCGACGAGGAUCUGGGCGUGUCCCUCAGGCAGGAGCAGUUGGAGAACCAGAGCCAGCGUCUCAUGGCCCAGCGUUCUACCGCGCGCAGCAUUAGCUUCUCGGCCUUCCACCGCCACUCCGAGAUCAAUGCCUAUCUGGACGAGCUCGCCGCGGCCUAUCCCAGCCGUGUGUCCGUCCAGGUGGCCGGCAAGUCGUACGAGAACCGCGACAUCAAGACGAUCACCAUCAGCAACGGCGAUGGCAAGACCGGCAAGAGCGUGAUCUUCCUGGAUGCCGGCAUCCAUGCCCGUGAGUGGAUCGCCCACGCCGGUGCUCUGUACGUGAUCCACCAGCUGGUGGAGAACUUUGCCGCCAACUCGGCUCUCCUGAAGAACUACGACUGGGUCAUCCUUCCAGUGGUGAAUCCCGAUGGCUACGAGUACACUCACACCAGCACCCGCAUGUGGCGCAAGACCCGCAAGCCCGCUAGCGCUUCCUGCUACGGCACCGAUGCCAACCGCAACUUCGAUUACCACUGGGGCGAGGUGGGCGCCUCGAGCUACUCCUGUGACGACACCUUCAAGGGACAGACCGCCUUCUCCGAGCCGGAGACACAACUGGUGCGCGAUCUGUUGCUCAACCUGAAGGGUCGUGGCAAGUUUUAUCUUACCCUCCACUCGUACGGCAACUAUCUGCUCUAUCCCUAUGGCUGGACCUCCGCUCUGCCCGCCAGCUGGCGCGACAUCGAUAAUGUGGCCCAGGCUGGAGCAGCCGCCAUCAAGGCUUCCACUGGAACCAAGUACACUGUGGGCAGCUCCACCAAUGUCCUGUACGCUGCUGCUGGCGGCAGUGAUGACUACGCCUUCGCGGUGGCCGAGUUCCCCAUCUCCAUCACCAUGGAGCUGCCUGCUGGCGGCACCGGCUUCAAUCCCACCACUGCCCAGAUCCUGCCCUACGUCGACGAGACCUGGACGGGCAUCAAGGCCAUGGCCCAAAAGGUCGUCGAAAACUACUAAACGAGAGCAAUAAAACGCCCGCCGAUAUUCCCCAAUCCCCCUA